AUGUCAGACUCCAAGAGAAAGGCAGACGGAAAAGAUAGGGGCAGGAGACGAUUCCGCACUGAUGGCACCCCUAUCUGGGGGCAGAGAAGCAUUGACGGACCCGGCGUAUGGGUGACCUGUGUCAAAGGGAAGGAGAAGCAGGCCGUUAGCGAACUGUAUGAGGUGUUCGAAUCUCUUGCAAAUAGACUUUGGCCACAGAAGGGACCCUCAGAUGGGAAGGAUCCUGACGAGUCUGACGAGGAUGGCGGCGGAGGGGCGGACGACCUGGAGAACCAGAUUGCAAAGGAGCUCGCGUCCAUGAAGCGGCCGAGGAGAGAGACAAGGUUCGCUAACUGCCUCACGAAUACCCCCUGUGUGGUGUUCAUCUCCUGCAAAUCACCGGUUGAUCCCGUGAUGCUCGUAGCCACGCUUGUGCAAGACGUCCUUGACACGGGUGUCACGAACACACGCUUCUCUCAGCGCCUUACUCCUGUCUCUGCGAGCUGUGCAGCGAACAUACCAGAAAUACAAUCGUUGUGUACACGAAUCGUCAAGGCAGCGCUGUCGCCUGAACCGUCGGACAAGAAGUUCACGUACAAGAUCGAACUGCGCAUACGGAAUCACAACACGCUCAAGCGGGACACACUGAUCCCUGAGAUUGCAAAAUGUGUGCCAGAAGGGCACACAGUCUCUCUGGGCAGUCCCGAGCUGUUUAUCCUUGUCGAGAUCUUUAAAAGCGUAUGCGGCGUCAGCGUGGUGAAGGACUACUACAAACUACAAAAGUUCAAUAUCAUGGAAAUCGCAAAUGCUAAGAACUUAGGCGACGAAGGAGCUGAGGGGCGUAUUGCCAACAAAGUAAAAAGGCCCAAGCUUACGGAUGCUGAAGACUCUGAAAGAGCUUUGAAUGGUCAGGAAGAAUAG